AUGGCAUCUUCUGAAGCUGAAGUUACACACACCAUCGCAUCUUUGUAUGAUGCGAUCGGUGCAAAAUAUGAAAAGGCAUUUGCCGACAUUCCAGCCCAGCAAAGGUCUCUCGAGUGGCUUCUCCAUCAUCUUCCCCGCACAGGUUCCAAAAUUCUUGACAUUGGCUGCGGAACCGGCUGUCCCGUUGCCCAAGUCCUAUCUUCGGCUCCUCACAAUCACCUUGUUCAUGGAAUCGACGUUUCGGAAGAAAUGCUCUCUGCAGCUCGCCAAUCGGUACCCUCUGCGACCUUUGAGCUAAUUGACGUCCGCAAAUUUGAGGCGGAUGAAGCGAGUUAUGAUGCUGUGACGUCGUAUUUUGCUCUGCUUGUGGAUAUUUCACAGGAUGAGAUACGAGAGACGAUACAAAGGGUUUUUCAUUGGCUGAAGCCUGGUGGCUUCUUUAUUCUGGGAACAGUGCCAGUUGAUCUCGAACGUGCCUCGGAGAAAUGGCUGGGCAAGAGGACGCUAUUGACUUCCAUGUCGGAGGAGCAUUACGUUACCGCCUUGAAGCAGGCGGGCUUUGUUAUAGAGUUCUCGGAAGUGGAAAGCUUUAUGCCAAAAGCUGUGGAGGCGGGCAUUUGCGAUGAGGAUAACGUGGUGGAAGAACCUCAUCUCCUCAUAUAUGCGCGAAAGCCGUAG